UCUCAGAAAGAACAAGCAUGUGUGGCAUAUAAAAUUCUUCACACAAAUUAUUUGCAUUAAAAGUUUUGCUAACUUUAUUUCUUUGCCAACGUAUGAUUAAUAAAUAUUAAUAAAAAUUUAAAACAAUAUACAAUAUACAAUAUAAAUAAAAUGACUGCCGUGGCGCAACAGAAAUAUCACUGCGGUGAAGUGUUUGUUACCAAUGAUAACUACCGUGCGAUGCUGGAGUGUAAGUUUUGUGGUAAACAAUUUACUGCUUAUGAUAGGUUUCUGAAUCACAUCUUUGAUGAUCAUUUUGAUAAUAUUGAUAAUAAGGAUUUCACAAAUGAAUCCCUCGAAUUUGAUGAUAUGGAGGUUUUGAAAGCUUUGGAGGAUAGUGGAAAUGCUGACGAUUGCAAUGAAGUAAUUGAAGAUUGUCAAUAUCCGGAAAACACAUUUACCAAUGGAGAAAGUGAAUGUGGCUAUGCGGGGAAUGCAGAAAGCUUAUCUACGGAAAUAUCGCUAGUCACGACAGAAGUAGACAAACAAACUACUAAUGAUGCAGAACAAACGGAAACUAUUGAGCAAAGUUCCGCUUCAAGCAAUGCAUCUUUCCGCCAGGUCGUUCAACAUCAUAAGACCCGUGAUGGAGAAGAGCGAAAGUAUAAAUGCAAAUUUUGUGACCAAGCUUUUGCGACAGCGUACAUUUUACGCAAGCAUGAACGGCGACAUUCGAAUAAUAAACCAUUUAGUUGUUCAAAAUGUACCAAAAGAUUUUUUACACCCACUGAGUUGAAUACACACAUUAGAUGGCACACAGGCGAACGGCCUUUUGUAUGUACCUUUUGUGGCAAUAGCUAUACCACAAAUGGUGCGUUAAAUAUUCACGAAAAACGACAUAUUGGUGAACGAAAAUAUAAAUGUGAUCACUGUGAAAAAAGCUUCUAUGAAGCAUUCCAUUUACGACAACACAGUGUAGUACAUACAAGAGAAAAAAAUUAUACAUGUGAUCAAUGCCAAGCAAAGUUUACAAGAUCUACAGCAUUGCGAAUGCAUAAGAAAUUGCAUGAAAAUGCUUUGCGGUACAUAUGUAAAGUAUGCAAAAUGCGAUUCAAUCAGAGACCUACAUUGAUAUGGCACGAAAAAAGCAAACAUGCCAUUUUACGGGGCGGUGUUGCAUCUAGUAUCAUUACUGAAACAAAUCCAUCUAAGGAAUUACCCGAUAUCGAGAAUACGAAAUAUAAGUAUGCGUGUUGUGAUAUUGAGUUUGAGGACAAUGAUUCAUUUUUGAAGCACCAAAAUGAUGCGCACGCUGUUGAAGCCAUAGCGACGUUGGAGACACUCGAAGCAUCAGAUAGUGAAUAUGUCGAAUUUAUUUAAUACGUUUAGUGAUUUGUGUGUUACUAUUGAUAAGUAAAUACAAUGAGAUAUCGGUAAUCCAGUCAAUAAAAAAAUAUUGAAAUAAAUAUAAAAAAUACAACACUGGA